AUGGCUGAUGCCUUUCUGUCAUUUGCAGUUCAAAAAUUGGGUGAUUUCCUCAUACAACAAGUUUCCCUGCGUAAAAAUCUGAGAAAGGAAGUUGAGUGGCUGAGAAAUGAGCUACUCUUCAUACAAUCUUUCCUCAAAGAUGCAGAACUAAAGCAAUGUGUAGAUCAUAGAGUUCAACAAUGGGUGUUUGAAAUCAACACUAUUGCUAAUGAUGCUGUUGCUAUACUCGAGACUUACACCUUUGAGGCUGAUAAAGGUGCUAGUUGUCUCAAGGCUUGGGCUUGCAUAUAUAGGAAGGAGAAGAAAUUCUACAAUGUCGCCGAGGAGAUUCAAUCACUCAAGCAGCGAAUCAUAGAUAUCUCUCGCAAACGAGAGACUUAUGGUAUUACAAAUAUCAAUAGUAAUGCUGGGGAAGGGCCAAGUAAUCACGUUAGAACAUUGAGGAGAACUACCUCAUAUGUGGAUGACCAGGAUUACAUUUUUGUUGGACUUCAGGAUGUUGUACAAACAUUGCUAUCUGAACUUCUCAAAGCAGCGCCUCGUCGAAGCGUCGUCUCCAUUUAUGGAAUGGGCGGAUUAGGCAAGACCACUCUUGCAAGAAACCUCUACAAAAAUCCUAAUAUAGCGUCUAGCUUCUCUACACGUGCUUGGAUAUGUGUUUCUCAAGAGUACAACACAAUGGAUCUUCUCAAGACUAUCAUAAAAUCCAUCCAAGGUCGCACCAAAGGAACUCUAGGAUUGUUAGAAACUAUGACAGAAGGAGAUCUAGAAGUUCACCUUCGUGAUCUAUUGAAAGAACGCAAAUACCUUGUGGUGGUUGAUGAUGUAUGGCAGAGAGAAGCAUGGGAAAGUUUGAAAAGAGCAUUCCCGGAUGGCAAGAAUGGCAGCAGAGUUAUUAUUACCACGCGCAAAGAGGAUGUCGCUGAAAGAGCAGACAACAGAGGUUUUGUCCAUAAACUUCGUUUCCUAAGCCAAGAAGAAAGUUGGGAUCUCUUUUGUAGGAAACUACUUGAUGUUCGAGCAAUGGUUCCAGCAAUGGAAAGCCUAGCUAAGGAUAUGGUGGAAAAGUGUAGAGGCUUACCUCUUGCAAUUGUUGUAUUGAGUGGACUACUUUCGCAUAGAGGGGGGCUGGACAAAUGGCAAGAAGUGAAAGAUCAACUUUGGAAGAACAUUAUUGAAGAUAAAUUUAUUGAAAUCUCCUGCAUUCUAUCAUUAAGCUACAAUGAUUUGUCAACUGUGCUCAAGCAGUGUUUUCUGUACUUUGGUAUUUUUCCAGAAGAUCAAGUUCUCGAGGCUGAUAACAUAAUAAGGUUGUGGAUGGCUGAGGGUUUCGUACCAAGAGGAGAAGAAAGAAUGGAGGAUGUCGCUGAAGGCUUCUUGAAUGAGCUGAUAAGAAGAAGCUUGGUUCAAGUGGUAGACACAUUUUGGGAAAAAGUUACUCAUUGUAGGGUUCAUGAUUUACUUCGUGAUCUUGUGAUACAAAAGGCAUUGGAGGUGAACUUCUUUGACAUUUAUGAUCCAAAGAACCACUCCAUAUCCUCUUUAUGUAUCAGACAUGGCAUUCAUAGUCAAGGAGUAAGGUACCUCUCACUUGAUCUUUCUAACUUAAAGUUGAGGUCAAUUUUGUUCUUUGAUCCAAAUUUUCAUAAGAUUAGUCUUAUAAAAUUCAGGAGUGUGUUCCAACAUCUGUAUGUGUUGUACUUGGAUACAAUGAAUUGGAAUAUGUAUAGAGUACCUGAUGCCAUAGGAAGUUUGUACCACCUCAAGUUCUUAAGAUUGAGAGGUAUCCGUGAUCUUCCAACUUCCAUUGGCAACCUCAAGAAUCUACAGACACUUAUUGUCAAUGAGGGGCUAUACUCUUGCAGACUACCCCGCGAGACAGCUGACCUGAUAAAUCUAAGACAUUUAGUUGCUUCGUAUUCAAAACCUCUGAAACUUAUAAGCAAACUCACUAGUCUUGAAGUUCUUCAAGGCGUUUGUUGUGAUCAGUGGAUAGAUGUUGACCCUGUUGAUUUAGUCAAUCUUCGAGAAUUAAGCAUGCAACGUAUUAUGAAAUCUUACUCCUUAAACAACAUUAGCAUCUUGAAAAACCUUAGCACUCUCAGAUUGUUUUGUGACCAUCUUGAAGAAUCAUUCCCAUCCCUGGAAUUUGUUAAUUCUUGUCAAAAGCUCCAGAAAUUGUGCUUACAUGGGAAAAUAGAGAAACUGCCUCUGUUUCCAAAUUCCAUCACAAUGAUAGAAGAUCCGAUGCCUAUUUUGGGAAUGUUGCCAAACCUAAGGAAUCUCAUAUUAGAAGAUGCUUAUGAAGGAAAAGAAAUAAUGUGCAGUGAUAACAGCUUCAGUCAACUCGAGUUCCUUCAUCUUAUAAAACUUCGGAACCUAGAAAGAUGGCAUUUAGGCACAAGUGCAAUGCCUCUCAUUAAAGGUCUUGGUAUCCAUCACUGUUCAGAGCUGAAGGAGACUCCAGAGAGAAUGAAAGAUGUUGAAGAGAAAUUAAAUGAGAUAGAUCUUGGCAAGCAUAUGGCAAGUUUUCUUUGGUAA